UUAUCUUUAAAAGGGGAAUCUUCUGUUCUCUCUCUUUCGCCUCGGGAUUCCUUUACACUUCGCAUAAUUCUGUUCUCUUCACAGGGGAAAUUCCAGAGCAGUCGUUGGUCCUCGCAAUGACAUUUUUUUACCUAAAAAACUCGCUUUUCUGCUGAAAUUUACAUGAACGAAGGCAUUUUAUUGGUCGACGCGAAAAAACGGGCAAAAAAUGCGGCAACAAAACUCAAAACAAGUUGGGCAACGUUUUCGUUUUCCACAGCAUUUUUCCGGGUCCGCUACAGAAACUAAGGGUUGUGCGUGAGAAGUCACCACCAAAAAGGUCGCUUGUCUUUUUUUAAAGGUUUAUCACUUUUUUAAGAGAGGGAGCGAGAGCGAGAGAGUGGAGAGGAAAACAGAUCAGUUUUUUAAGAGAACAUUGGGUUUUUUACUAGGAGAGGGUUGCUGUGCUCGCUGGAGAACCUUUUGCGUAAUUUUUGCUAUAUUAGCUGGUCGUCGCGGAAGAGUUGAGACAGUUUGAGCUGCGCAGCCGAACUUCGAGGAUCGCCAGAGACGUGUCACAAUUGUCUUGAGAUCGUGUUGCGCCGACGAGAAAAACGAAACGAAGCAAAAGAUAAAGUUUUCCGUGCGGUGUGCUAAGAAAAGAAAAGAAAAAAAAACUGUGAAAAAUCUUGUGCCACAAGAAUUUUUUAAAUCAAAGAAUUUCAAAAUAGAAAUUCCAAAUUGCAAAUUGUGUUGUGUUUUAAAUAUAUAAAAGUGAUCACAAAAAUGGCCAAUCAAAUGGAAUUGAUGAUGCAGCUUUAUAUGAUGAACCUGCUGCAACAGCAACAACAGCAGCAGCAACAGCAACAGUUUCAACAACAGCAACCACAACAGUUGUCGGCUUUUGAUUACACACAAAAAGAGGAUAUCAGCAGCAGCACUUGCUUGCAACAGCAGCCACAAUAUGAGCAGUCAUAUGAGCAGCAAUAUGUGCAGCAACAACAACAGCCACAGCAACAAUAUUUGAGAACGCUUAAACGAACAAAUUCGCAAAACACGAACUGUAGUAGUAGCCGUAGUUGUAGUCCCAAUAGUAAUUUUAAUGCUUUAUCCACACAACAACAAUAUGAACAACAAGCUACAACCACACUCAUAACACCAACAACCACACCUAACAACAAUUUCAACACAAACGUUGCCUAUCAGUUGCCGCAAAUGUUGCUUGGCACUCUUUCCCCUCUGGCUCAGUAUGUGCUGCAACAGCAACAACAACAGCAGCUGCAACAGCAACAUUUGCUGACAACAGCAGCGGCAACAACAAAUCUUCUACUAACACCUAACACUCCAAGCUCCACACAACAGCAAAUGCUGUUCGAGCCCUUUCCUAGCUCUCCCCUCAAAACUAACGUCGAGCCAUUUACCACAAAUAACUUUUUGCAAUCCUCCACAGUGACGUCGACGCCAACUGAAGACGCAGCAGCAACAGCAGCAGCAACAACAACCGCAGCAACAGUAGCAGCUAGCAGCAAUCUUUCGGCAGUCACAGUCAAAUAUGAGCAGGAUUUCAAUGAUGACGAUGAGGAUGAGAAGCCGCUGUCCAGCUUGAACAGCUGCAGCUCCUCGGUCGGCUUGGUCAGCACCAAUGAUCACAGCGCCAGCACCGAGAAGCUGCUGCUGUUGUCCGGCGGUCAGCAGCUGGAGAGUACGAGCACCACCGACAGCAUCGACUCGCCCAGCAUGUACACGCCGGUCAAGCAGCCAGCGGACUCAUCUUACAAUGUUGUUAACUCCAUCGACAAUGAGCCAACACUUGGCACGCCCCUGGGUCAAAGCAAUUCGCUGCUGACGCCACCGGCUUCGAGUGAUCAGCCGCAGAGCAAGAGCAUUGUCAGCCUGACCACAGCCACCAGUUUGGAUGCCUUUCUGCAGAACGAGGAGAAUCUGAAGCAUUUGCGCAAGGUCUCCUCGUAUCUGGAGUGCGAGAAUGUGCUGUGUCGUCAGGAGACAUUGCGCGAACACUUCCAUUGCUACGAUGAACCGUGUCAGGGCAAGAUCUUGAGCAAAAAGGAUGACAUCAUCCGGCAUCUGAAGUGGCACAAGAAACGCAAGGAGAGUCUCAAACUGGGCUUUGCACGCUUCUCCUCCGGUGAUGAUUGUUCAGCCUCCUAUGGCGAGGGUUGUGCAUACAACUGGAAGCAAACGCACUAUCACUGUGUCUACGAGCACUGCCCCAAGGUCUAUGUGAGCACCAGUGAUGUGCAGAUGCAUGCGAAUUUCCAUCGCAAGGACUCGGAGAUUGUCAAUGAGGGUUUCCGUCGGUUUCGCGCUCAUGAGAAUUGCCGCAUCGAGGAUUGUCCGUUCUUUGGCAAAAAGAUAUCGCAUUAUCAUUGCUGUCGCGAAGGCUGCAAUCACACCUUCAAGAACAAGGCUGAUAUGGACAAACACAAGACAUAUCAUGCAAAGGACUAUCAGCUGACACAGGAUGGCUUCAAGAAGAUCCUCAAAACGGAGCAGUGUCCCUUUGACGGAUGCAAGUUCUCUACGGUCAGCAAUCACAUUCACUGCGUGCGCGAGCAUUGCAACUACAUUCUGCACUCGAGCAGCCAAAUGAUCAGUCACAAGCGUAAACACGAUCGCCAGGACAGCGAGCAGGCGUAUCAGCAGUUCAAGUGCAAGCAGGAAGAUGCCGAAGAGAGCAACUCAAUGGAUGCUACAACGCCACAGUCGCUGUCAAAACCACAACCAAUUGUCAGCCAGCCUGUGAUCAGCAAUAGUUCCACCUCCACACCGCUGUCUUCUCUCUCCGCCGAGCACUUUUUGGCCCGCAAGCGCGGUCGGCCACCAAAGAUGAUUCCACUGCCAGCAGAUGCACAGUCUGAAGCGAAGCGCGUCAAACUGGAGAACGUCGAUAGCAAUCCCACAGCCCAGCUCACAACGAAUGUUAAUCCUUUGAGAUCUGCCAUGUUUCCCGGUCUGUUGCCAAACUUUUCUGCCGAUGCCACAGCACCCAACUUCCAGCUGACACAUCUCAUGGCCAUGUUUCAGCUGCAAAAUCCGCUCUUCUAUCAGAAUCUCUAUCCCGGUGCUGCGGCGGCGUCCAAUAUGCUGACCGUGCCACAGAACGCGAACGUGCUCAACAAUCUGGCAGCGUAUAGUGCGGCGGCUGCUGCGGCAGCGGCGGGCGUGCAACAGCCAAAGAUUGAGUUUAACAUUAAACCCGAGAACAAGGAGUAAAUCGGAACGUCCGGCAGUUCAACAGUUGUACAUAGAUAUAGUACCUAAUUAGUGUUAAUAACCUAUAGAGCAGACUGACUGAGUUGGACGCUUUGCGAGACAUAGAGGCAGAUAAAGAUGUAGAUCUAAGGGGUUUUGGGUUCACUGUUGUUACGCGGCCAGGACGUUCCAGAUCCUUGCCAAAAUAAAAGCCAAUUCAGCCGCAUUUUAGAUGGCUUAAAAGAGCCACAAACUAAAAUGUUGCUGAAUUCGCUUUUGUUAUCAAUUGUUUUUACCUUUUCAUUUUUUUUUAGCCUAAUAAAAAUUUCAGCUUUUCACCACAAAUUAAAUAAAUCUUAUUUUGAAUUUAGUUUAACUAAAAACUGUGAUGUUUUCCUUAGUUUAAAAGAAUGCCAAUUGUACAAAAGAAAUGUUUUGUAGUUUACGAUGACUUAGGAGCUUUUCUUACAUAAUCAAAUAAAUAUGUUUAA